AGUUCAAGCCUCAACGUAAAAAUAGGGUAUUCGCUGGCUGGCCGCUUGUGUUCCCUGGGAAAAAAAAUAAACAACUUGCCGAGCGACCUACACGCUAAUCACUGGUAACCGCACCGAAAACCGACGGAAGAAACCGAAAAUGGCCCACAGCUAAUCCGCGGCCACACUUGCUCUGUUGUCGGCGGAUUUACAGAACAACGGCUAGCUGGGUGCUAACGUUAGCACGCUAGCUUUGCCAGGAGCACAUAGCAACCGCAGCUAGCUAACGUCACUGGACUGGUACUCUUUACUGCAGCUAUGUUCGUGCAAGAGGAAAAGAUAUUCGCCGGGAAAGUGUUGAAAAUACACAUCUGCACUAUGGACGGCACGGAGUGGCUGGAGGAGGUCACGGAAGACACCACUGUGGAGAAGCUCAAGGAGAAGUGCUUGAAACAUUAUGUUCAUGGGAGCCUAGAAGAUCCUAAAACACUUACCCACCACAAACUAAUACAUGCUGCUACAGAAAGAGUCCUCACUGACACCAAAACAGUUGCUGAUGAAAACCUUAAAGAUAAAGAUGUUUUGCUGCUUAUAAAGAAAAGACCACCACCAACCCCCCCAAAGAUGGCAGAAGUUAGUGCAGAAGAAAAGAAGAAACAAGAAAAUAAAGCUCCAGACAAAGAUGCAAUCCUAAAAGCCACUGCCAACCUGUCCACACGCCACACAGACCGCACUGUCACCCAGCACAACAUCAGAGACUUUCAGACGGAGCUUAGAAAAAUCCUGGUUUCUCUCAUUGAAGUGGCGCAGAAGCUUCUUGCCUUGAACCCUGAUGCUGUUGAACUGUUUAAAAAGGCCAAUGCGAUGUUGGAUGAAGAUGAAGAGGAUCGAGUGGAUGAAACGGCUCUUCAACAGCUCACAGAAAUGGGGUUCCCUGAAAGCAGAGCCAUCAAAGCUCUCAGAUUGAACCACAUGUCUGUGACACAAGCCAUGGAAUGGCUCAUCGAACAUGUCGAUGACCCCACCAUAGACUCUCCACUUCCUGGCCAGGACUCUUCAGGUGCUGCAGGUGCUACAGCUGCUGCCACACCGGGCCCCUCUGCCUCAGCCUCUGGCUCUAACCUCCUUCGCAGCCUUUCUAGCCAGUCCAGCACAGAUGAAAGCAUCAGGCAGGACGAGCUCACAGAGAUCUUUAAGAGAAUCCGAAGGAAACGGGAGUUUAGACCUGACUCAAGAGCUGUCAUUGCCUUGAUGGAGAUGGGCUUUGAUGAAAAGGAGGUGAUUGAUGCUUUGAGAGUGAAUAACAACCAGCAGGACGCAGCGUGUGAGUGGCUAUUGGGAGACAGGAAACCUUCUCCAGAAGACCUGGACAAAGGCAUCGACACCAACAGUCCGCUUUUCCAAGCCAUUCUAGAGAAUCCAGUGGUCCAGUUGGGUCUAACCAACCCCAAAACUCUACUUGCUUUUGAAGACAUGCUGGAGAAUCCGCUGAACAGCACCCAGUGGAUGAACGACCCUGAGACUGGCCCUGUCAUGCUCCAAAUUUCCAGAAUCUUCCAGACCCUCAAUCGCACAUAGAACCUCCUGGUGACCCCCACCCCCCUCUUCUCUCUCUCUGUGUGAUUGUGGCAGCUUGAGAGUGUGUUGGGAUUUGUGUGUCUGCGUGUGUGUAUGGCUGUAUGGAUGUGUGUAUCAGUGUGGGGCAGAUAUAGCCGGAAAAGUAAGAGUAUGAAUUAAGACAUUACACAUAUAACUAUUUAUAAUAGUACAGUUAAAACACUUAUACAAAGCAAAUGUUAACAUAAACAAUACUAUUACAGUAAAGAUUUAAAAAAAGAAGAUUUAGUAUGUUUUUACAUUUAAUGAGAACAAUUUAUAGUUAUGACAGACAUGAUUUAUUUUAUAUAAUUUCUCCAUGCGCAAAAAUGGACAUCAGACAUCGAUUUAAUGUUUACACUUAAAACUGUUUUUGUAUGUUUUGCAAUAUUUAAAUAUCAAAUACAGUUUUGUCUGUCUCUAAAUUGUUACAUUUCAUCAGUGGUGAAUGUGAGGACCUCUCUGGGUAUCAGGUUUUGUCUUAUUCUCAUCAAAAUUAACUUGUUAUGAUUGAGAGACUGGUGGUCGAAGCUGAACGGGCUUUUAAUACACAAUACCUCCAUCUGCAGUCGACUGUGAGAGCCUGCCUGCGAGGUCACUGUAUGUCACGCACCUCUCCAGCUUACAGACAUUUUAUUUUUGUCCUUGAGCAUCUUCAAGAAUAUUUAUUUAACUUUUCUUGCCUUUUAGAGCAAAUCUGUACACUAAAACUGUUUGUGUCUUAGUCAUGUUUUUACGAGGAAAUCUUCUAUAUUAGGCCUGUGUGUUUAUUGUCGAUGUGCUCUUGAAUGUCAUACUAUCAUCAUGUCGCCCUCAUUAAGCACUUGUUCACCUCUAUAAAUAUCGCUCACUGCAGCACCGGGUAAAGAGGUCUCCUGGAAAGAUUUAAAAAAAAAAAAAAAAAAAAAAAAAAAAAAAGAAGGGUUUCAUCUUUUGUGUCAAAAGGCUGUAAUGUGAGAUGUUCAAUGAUGAAGCUGAGCCUAAUCAAAAGGUGUUUGCCUUUUUUAACUUUUGAAUGAAUGAAGAUGCAUGCUCACUUCAUGCUGUAGGAGUGUAAGCAUCUUAAUAUACACACAAAUAAUAAUAGUGAUGAUAAUAAUAAUAAUGGAAUACAAGAUGAAACCAAUGUUGGUCUUUUGGUUUACCUUGUUUUUUUUUCUGUUAAGAGCAAUGCUGUCAAACCAAACCAAAAUGUCAUUGUAUAACCUGCCUUUGUCAUUUCAUGUGACCCAUUGGAAAAUACCCUGUAUUUCUGUGCAAUAUCAAGGACUUGGUAUUCUGACAUAUAUUUGAUUUGAGUGUUAGAGCUGUGUGAACUGCAAUGGGUAGUGUGUACUCUAAUAUUAGCCUUUGCAUUGAAUACUUAGCUACAAGAAGGUUAGCUAAGCCUCUCCGAGUUGUAAAACAAUAUGAAGGGUGGUGUGUAUUGCCAAGAUUUUGAGUGUUUUUAUUCAAUAUUUAAAAUGUGGUAUUGAUGUGACUUUCUGCUCAGGGAGGCUGAGAUUGUUUUUUUUUUUUUUGUUCUUUUUUCUUUCUAAAUCUGCCAUCUUAGCAAACCUCUGCUCACCCACUUAUAGUUUGGCAUUUGAAACUGGCUUUUACUACUCUGCCUGGAACUUUGUUUAUGAAUUAAGAGCGCCACAAGACUUGGUUUCGUAAAUGCAAUAUUUGAAAACUAUUUAAAUGUUUUUAGAAAAGACGUGUCUGUUUGAAAUAUGUACUAUUACAUUAUUUAUAUCAAAGCCAAAAUAGUUAUUGUUAUUUAUAACAUUUUUAGCAAAAAGCUAAAUCUACAAAUGUGAACAAAUGAAAUGAUUCAAAUGUUGUUUUUACAAACCAUUAGAAAAUAUGCUUUUUUUGAACUGGAGGAAAUGGUGCGAUCAUAAGUAGUGCAACUUAACUGAAUUCUGGAGGAUUUCCACACAGCGUCCGGGAGCCGGGUGCGCACACACAGUGCCGUGGACGUUUUAUCGCGGCCACAGUGACCAGCUUGAUCUCACCGCCUCCAUGCUCUUAUAUCAGCAUGCCUAUCAAACCAUCUCACUCCUGUAAUAUUUUGAAACGAGCAUCAGGAGGCUUCUUCAUUUGGAGAAAAAGGUCCAGAGAAUAACAGUGGCAUCUCUUAAGUAAGAGGAUGGUGAACAGGAACAGAAAAACGAAGUCCAAAACUUUCUAGGGACCCUGUGAGGACUGUUGGAGUCACAAGUUAUUGUUUUCACUCAGCUUUUCAUGCAGGACUGUCCCACAUCAACAGCCUAUGCAAUAUCCUCUCACACUCUGUUCAAUGGCCUCAUGGCAACUGGCAUCAAAUCACUAUUGCAUUAAAGUUAUUUUUUGUGGCUGUA